GUACAAAAUGCUAGUGAUUUGCUGAUCAAACCUUUGGAAAACUUUCGGAAGGAGCAAAUAGGAUUCACUAAGGAAAGAAAGAAGAAGUUUGAGAAGGAUGGUGAGAAGUUUUAUUCUAUGCUGGAUCGACACUUGCAUUUGUCUUCCAAAAAGAAGGAAUCCCAGUUGCAGGAGGCUGACCUUCAGGUGGACAAAGAGAGACACAAUUUCUUUGAGUCCUCCCUCGAGUAUGUCUACCAGAUCCAGGAAGUACAGGAAAGCAAGAAAUUCAGCAUUGUUGAGCCGGUGCUGGCUUUUCUCCACAGCCUCUUUACUUACAACAACCUGACAGUUGAGCUCACGCAGGAUUUCCUCCCGUACAAACAGCAGCUCCAGCUCAGCCUGCAGAAUACAAGGAAUCAUUUUGACAGCACGCGGGAGGAGCUGGAAGACCUGAAGAAGAGGAUGAAGGAAGCGCCCCUGACCUGCAAGCUCCCCGGGCAGCCGACCAUUGAGGGCUAUCUGUACACCCAGGAGAAAUGGGCGCUGGGCAUCUCCUGGGUGAAAUAUUACUGCCAGUACGAAAAAGAGGCAAAAACCUUACGGAUGACGCCCAUGGACCAGAAGCCUGGAGCUAAGCAAGGCACCUUAGACCUGACUCUGAAAUCCUGCGUAAGGAGAAAGACCGACUCGAUAGACAAGAGGUUUUGUUUUGACAUUGAAACUAAUGAAAGGUCGGGGACCAUCACGCUGCAGGCGCUGUCAGAAGCCAAUCGCAGGCUGUGGAUGGAGGCCAUGGAUGGGAAGGAGCCGAUCUACCACAGUCCCAUCACGAAGCAGGAAGAAA